AUGUCCUGGCCUAUCACGAAGACACUCACUUCAAACGACGGCAAGAACGAAGAUGUUCCCUACGGACCUUCAGUCUGGUACACCGACAAGCAUCUGUUCACUUACGGCUACGAACUACAACUGCCAGAAGCUAGACUUCAGAACUGGUAUCCUUCAUCUUUUGUAGACCCCGAGGACCCAAGCAUUCGCUUCCAGACAAUGGAGCACUACAUAAUGUGGCGCAAAGCCAUGUGCUUCGAGGACCAUGAGACAGCGAAAAAGAUUCUCGUGGCUGCUACGCCCUCAGAAGCUCAAGCACUCGGUAGAGAAGUGAAAAACUUCGAUGGCAUGAUGUGGCGCAAGUAUUGGAUUAAUGUUGCGAUGGAUGGAUGUUGGCUGAAGUUUUCCCAAGUCGCUGAAUGCCGCGAGGCCUUGUUGGCGACGGGUGAUAGAGUCCUUGCCGAAAGUAACCCAAACGAUCGCAACUGGGGUAUCGGAUUCCGUGGAGACGAAGCUGCAGAGCAUGAGAGUAAAUGGGGCUCGAACGUGCUUGGUGUGGCUCAGAUGCGAGUCCGGGAUAGACUCAGGAAGGAGGGAAAGCAGUGA